AUAUACGUAUAUACAAGUUGGUGUGCCAGUAUUUUUGCUAAAUGUAUUGUUAGUGCGAUAAGCGUGUUUAUUUAUGCACACCUUAGACUAAUUAAUAAAAAUUAUAAUUGAAAUUAACGUAUUUUAAAUGCAGCGCAGCAUGCUGUCAAAAAUAACAGAAGGCGUGUCAGUUACUAUCAGAAAGUAUAUGCGUGUGUCUGUGUGUUGAGAGAGAGUUGCUUUGCAGGACUGUGUAUGUGUGUGUGCGUGUUUUGGAUUUUUACAUAAGCAUCGCAGCAUGAAAAGCAGCAGCGCUGACAACGCCAGCUCAAACGGCCACCUGCGGCUACAUGUCGGCUACGCAACAAAGGGUUCCUUUAUAUAACUCUUAAGCGCGCUGCUGUUCAUGCAACGUGACAGCUAAAAGCGUACAGCGUAAAGCGUAGAGCGUGAAACGUGCAACGUAAAACUUGCUUUGCUGCAUUCGAAGGAAUUUGCACAAAGCAGCGUCAACAGCAACAACAGCAGCUAGUUAAAAAGUUUAGCUAUAAACCUGAACAAUGGCUAACUUAAAACCAAAUACACUGCACGUAGACAGCCUAAGCCCGCGACAGCGCAGCCUGAGCAGCGGGCUGAGCAGCGCCUGCAGCUCCGGCAGCAUAUCCCCGGUGCCCAUCAUACCGAUCAUAUCGAUUAGCCGGGAUGGGGAUGACUCCGAGACAGAGUCGGAAAUUGAUACGGAACCGGCUCGCAUAUUUCAUCGACGCAUGUCCACCAAUAUAAAGCGCAACAACAAUCUGGCGGCUAUUAUUAAGGAGGGCUAUUUGCUGAAGCAUGCUUGGUCCUUUCAACGCUGGCGACGUCGCUACUUUCGCUUAAAGCGCAAUCAUUUAUACUAUGCCAAGGAUUCUAAGUGCGAUGUGUUCGACGAGAUUGACCUAUCGGAAUUGUGUUAUUUCGAGUGCAGCAUAAAGAACGUAAAUCAUAGUUUUCAGAUAAUAACACCCACUCGCUCUCUGGUGCUGUGCGCCGACUCUAGACGCGACAUGGAGGAUUGGCUGGGCUCCCUAAAGACGGCAACGGCGCCGCAACGUCCGCGCGGCGAUAGCUUUCUGAUCGAUCAGCAUGAUAUACUCUCCAAUCACCAUCACUGGUAUGCGACAUCACAUGCGCGACCCACCUACUGCAAUGUGUGCCGGGAUGCGCUCUCCGGUGUCACCUCGCACGGACUAAGCUGCGAGGUGUGCAAAUGCAAGGUGCACAAACGCUGUGCGGCGAAAGCGAUAGCCAACUGCAAGUGGACAACGUUGGCCACGGUCGGCAAGGAUAUCAUUGAGCAGCCAGAUGGCAGCAUCAUAAUGCCGCAUCAAUGGAUGGAGGGCAAUCUGCCCGUGUCGGCGAUAUGUGCGGUGUGCAAGAAGACCUGCGGUUCGGUGUUGCGGCUGCAGGAUUGGCGUUGUCUCUGGUGUAGGGAUACGGUGCAUGUGGCAUGCCGGCCACAAAUGGCCAUUGCCUGUCCUAUUGGACCCGCCAAGUUGUCCGUGGUGCCGCCGACCAGCGUUCAUUCGAUUAGCACCGACGACGCAUGGGAUGUGGUCAGUCCGAAGGGCAACUUUUCGCCUCUGCUCGUCUUUGUCAACUCCAAGUCCGGCGAUAAUCAAGGCGUAAAGUUUCUGCGACGAUUCAAGCAGCUGCUUAAUCCAGCGCAGGUCUUUGACCUCAUCUCAACGGGUCCGAGUUUGGGUCUGCGGCUUUUUCGGCACUUUGAAAUGUUUCGCAUACUUGUCUGCUCCGGCGAUGGCUCCGUCGGCUGGGUGCUCAGCGAAAUAGAUCGAUUUAAUAUGCACAAACAAUGCCAAGUGGCUGUCAUGCCCCUGGGCACCGGCAACGAUCUGGCCCGGGUCUUGGGCUGGGGCUCCAGCUGCGAUGAUGACACACACUUGCCGCAAAUACUGGAGCGCUAUGAAUCGGCUAGCACUAAAAUGCUGGAUCGCUGGAGCAUUAUGGUCUUUGAAAAGGCCAUCAGUGUGCCCAAAUUACCGAAAAUGUCCAUUACCACGGAACAGGAGGCGCUGCUCACGAGCAUGGUCACUUCGGCCAAUCAUCAUCUGCGCUUCAUAGUCGAUACGAACGAUACACAAACGUUAAUCUCCUCGACGCGCUCCUUGUGCGAUACCGUUGACGAGCUGGUUUCACGCAUCUGUGCGCAUCACAAGGACGACGAGCAGUUGACCGUCAAAUGUGACAUCCUAAGGCAGAAGCUGGCCAUGCUACUGGACGCUUUGCAGGAGGAGGAGAUGGGAGCGCACAGUGGCGACGAUUUGGUAGCCACAAUACGAAGCCUAAUAUCGCGGGGUGUGUCCUCAACGAUGUCAGCGCGACCAUCCUUCCUCAGUCCGAACAUCUCUAUUGAAAAAACCGAAAAGGAUAAUAUAAAUACAAACGAGCGUCGCAAUAGUCGAUCACUGCGCUCCAGCGAAAAGGAGGCCCUUCAGAGCAGGGCCAAUAGUGUAAAGCGGGCCAUUUACAAUGUGGUGGAGCACUCGGAGCCAGGUCGACCAAAGCGCUAUCAGCGCAAGCUUUCGAUAACACCAUUUGAGGCGCUCAAAAUACCCAUAAACAAUUCUGGCGAGUCGACGCCCUGCAGCUCACCGCUGCCAAUAAUACCACCUAUUAAUAUAAUAUCGCCCACAAUGGAAACAUCGCGUCUGACCUGCAUAUCACCGCUGCCAGACACGCGACGCGAUUCGGUGGAUGAAACUUUCUUUAACAGCAUUAAUUUGCCAGCGCCGCGUCAAUUUGCGGAUAGCCGUCGCAGCUCAGGCGUUCCGGAAGUCAUACAGGAGCUGGAGGAGGGCGCUAAUGGAGAGAAAGUCUAUCACAUUAGCCGCCUCUCGCUAAGCGGUGGCGCCAAUAUUGACGAUGCUGGCAAUCGCCUAUCGCCGGGCAGUGAUGCCGGCGACAAUACGCCCACCGAGCGCAAGGUGGACUUUCUGCGUGUGCCCAUCAUGACGAGCGAACCGAUUGUGGAUCCACUCUCCGACUAUCGUCCCAUUGAGGUAUUUGAGCGCACCUACUACAUGACGCGCGAACUGGACAAGGAUAAGGAGCGCAAUGCAAGCAUUCAAAAGGAUUGCGAGAAGGAAGAUGUCGACACCAACGAGAAAUGCGAGCCACUGCAGCCACAACCCGCUCUGGUACACACUUGUAACCUGCAGGUACCCGGCGUUGUCGUAACCCCUCACUCCCAAAAUGUUUACACUAGCGCAAGCCUAACUAUCAUUGAUACCGAUGCCCAAGCGAACACUGAACAGUCUUCCUCGGAGGAUCUGGGCGGUGAGGCAAGCGAUGUGUUGUCCGCCAUUAGCAAUGAAGAAUGCAGCGUGGCUUCUGAAAUAUUCGACAAGCCCGAGCCGGGUCAUAGUCUAGGGGAUAUACUACAGAACCUGGAUGCCAGUAACUUUACACACAUUGAUUCGCCGGAAACGAGCGACGAGACGGAGGCCAUGCACGGCGAGAGUCUGAUGGAUGACAUUAGCUCUGUGCUCGGCCAUGAUAUAACCAAUGCGCUGCAGGAUAACACCAUCACGGAUGACACCACCACCCUCUGCUCCGAGCAUGCCGGGCCAAGCAAGCCCCCGCGCAAGAAAUCCAUGAGCGCGUUGACCCAAAGCAAGACGCAUCCGCGUCGUCGUAACUCCUCGCCCCCACGCAGGGCGCAACUGGCCCGCAUGGACAGCGAUGACAAUCCCCAACAAUUUGGCUUUGAGAAUAUUGUGUUUGAGAUCGAUAAUCGCUGCGAUGAUCAAAAAAUACGGGAACCGCCGCGCUACUGCAGCCUGGCGCAGUUCGUGGAAGGUAACGAUAUAGCGCGUCAGAGCUUUAAGCAGCUAAUGCUUGAUUGCAAUAGCAACAGUGACAACAACAACGACAACGACCAGGGCAACACUAACGAAGAGGCGGGCACGCCCACAAAUACAGCCCUUACAAUUGUUUAUCCAAAUCUGACAACGACAACAAUGACUACGACUAGCGAUGAACUGGAUGAACUGUCAACAGAAACAGCCAUAAAAAUCGAAAUAAACGAUACUGAACGCAGCACAAUGUGCACCGCAAUAAGCACAACAACAGCAACAACCACAAGCACAACGAAACCACUUGAAUCGGCAUUGGUCACAUCGACAUCGCCAACGAAGAGAUCGGGUCAUGGACAAGAUGUAAAGCGCAUUACUUUUGAUGAGUCGUGUAAGAAAGAAUCCUUUGAUGAUGUAAAUCCCAACUAUCCACAGAUAAGUGUUGUUGUAAGGCCGCCAACACCGUUGCGUGGCGAUUCCAUAAAACCAGCUAAAUCAUCGUCGUCGUCCAUAUUGGCGGCAUCGUCGUGUCUGCUCGGUGUGCGCACAUUGAACAGCUCGGAGAUACGACGACACUCAAGUCAUGCGCCCAGCCUAGCUGUGCGCGAAUAUGACAAGGAUAAAGAUCGCCGGCAUUCCGGCUUCAAUCCGAAUUACCUAACAUUGGAUCCGGAACAUACGCGCUUCCUCAGCAGUUCACCCGCGGCUAGUCGUAGAAUUAGCUGUGGCAGCCUCUUCAAGAAGAAACCCCAAAAAUAUAACACUAAACGCACUUAUGGACUGUUCAAUGUGCGUUUCUUUGUGGUCGCCGAACCAGACAUACGCCUGGCAACUCUGGCGCUUAUUAGGCCGCUGAUACCGCUGCCGAACGAAGCUUUGCCCAAUCUACAGACGCUCAAGGGCUCCAAGUCGAGUCUUUUUAUGGGCUCUUCACUAUUCGGGUUUGAACACUUUAGCGGCGGCGAUAAGGAUGAUAAAUCGGGCAGGGAUAAGGAGAAGACACCCACAGAGGAGGCUAAUCGCAAGCUGCCCAUUAUAAACCCUCUAGUGCGCUUGCCCAAUUGGCCAACUCUAGCCAAUGGCACUGGCUUCAUAUCUAAGUGUCUGCUCGCCAAUGCGGAUACCCUUUGCGCUGCUGUUAGCCCCUUGAUGGAUCCUGAUGAAACUCUGCUCGCUGGCUAUCAUGAGAAGUGUGUGAUGAACAAUUACUUUGGCAUUGGCAUCGAUGCCAAAAUCUCACUUGAUUUCCACAACAAGCGCGAGGAGCAUCCGGAAAAGUGCCGCUCCAGAGCACGCAACUAUAUGUGGUAUGGAGUCCUGGGCUCCAAGCAGCUGCUGCAGAAGACCUGCAAGAAUCUGGAGCAACGCGUGCAGCUGGAGUGCGAUGGCCAGCGCAUACCGUUGCCAGAGCUCCAGGGCAUUGUCAUCUUGAAUAUACCCAGCUUUAUGGGCGGCACCAAUUUCUGGGGCAACAGCACCAAGAAGGAGGAAAUAUUUCUGCAGCCCAGUUUCGAUGAUCGUGUGUUGGAGGUGGUCGCUGUCUUUGGCUCGGUGCAAAUGGCCGCCUCGCGUUUAAUUAAUCUGCAGCAUCAUCGUAUUGCCCAAUGCCAGAGCGUGCAAAUCAAUAUACUGGGUGAUGAGGAGAUACCCAUACAGGUAGAUGGGGAGGCCUGGCUGCAGCCGCCGGGCAUGAUACGCAUUCUGCACAAGAAUCGCGUGCAGAUGCUUUGCCGCAAUCGCAGCUUAGAGGUGUCGCUAAAGACCUGGCAGGAGAAGCAGCGACAGCAUAGUAUUUCCAUACAGCGUGAAACAUCCUCGACUGCCUCCGAGCAUGCCAUAUCCACGGAUGAGGUCAUAUCAGAGCGCGAAUGCUAUGUGCUGUUGAAUUUCAUAGAGGCAGUCAGUUCGCUGGUUAAGUGGGUCAAAUUCUUGAUCAUCUCGCACCCGGCGCUGCAGCAUGAUCUCUAUGAGGUGGCCUGUCGUGCCAGCGAGGCUUUGGAGUCCAUACAUCCGCAGGGCAAGCUGUUGGAGGGGCCUUCCCUACGCACCAAGCUAGUGGAGGUCAUCGAUUCGUCGCGUCAACUCUACGAUGAUGCGUGCGUGCUGCUGCGAGAUCGUGGGCAUAGUCUUAUCCUACGCGAGGACCUGGAGACCAAGCUGAGCGCCGCACUGGCCAACAUGGAAAUGGAGCUAAAGAAGUGCUCCGUACAAAAAUGCAUCGAUGGAAAACUGCGCGCCUACUUCAAUGUGCUGGCGCCCAAUGAGGAAUCCGAUGGACGCCGCAAAUCACGUCCAUUUUGGGUACGUCUGCGCUCUGGCUCCACCGCUGGCCAGCACCAGUUUAAGCCUCCACUCACAAAUACACGGGAGGCGGUCAGCAAUUGGAGCGUCAACGAGGUGGUCACCUGGCUGGAAACGAUGCAGUUAUCAGAAUAUGUUGAUAGCUUUCUUAAGAACGACAUACGCGGCAAGGAGCUGCUCACUUUGGGCAGACGUGAUCUUAAGGAUUUGGGUGUGGUUAAAGUGGGUCAUGUUAAACGCAUACUUCAAGCCAUCAAGGAUCUGAGCGAAAACUAAGCAAAGUACAAAAGGGAAUUCAGUCUAAGCCAACAGCAAACGCAAAGUGAAUAACGAACUUAAAGAGAAAUGUGUUGUGCUUGACUAGUUAAUGUUGGGGCGAGGCUGUUUAGUAUGUUAGGUAAGCGAGAUAAUUUUAUAUGAGAUAAAUGCAAACAACAAUCACUAUUUAUAGACUAGCUUAGCUAAAAAAUAAAACCCCUGUUUUUCUCUAUUUGGGGGCUGCACGACGACGCUUAGCCGUAGAGCGGGACUAAUGAAAGAAACAUUUAUCUGUAUUUAAUUCAAAAGCAAGAAAACGAAAACAAACUAAUUACCUUAAAGAAAAUCGUUACAUUCAUAUAUAUAAGUACAUAUGUAUACAUUUAUACAUAUACAACUAAAUUAUUUUUCCAUCAACAUAUAUACACACAUGCAUAAUAUAACUAUGUUUUGAGAAGACUUAUCAAUUUCAGUUUUAGUCACGUAAGCGAACUGAAUUUCAUGUUGGAAUAUGUACCUAUACAUAUAUACUCAAAAUAUAUAUGUAUGACAAAAUGCAUAAAUUAUUUAAUUGGCAGUUAAACGAAUUUAUAUGUAGAGGCACAUGCUAAAUUUAAAUAACAAAAAUGCAUUUAGUUUUAAGUACAGUUUGAAAUUCAAUUUACGCUUAGCAAAAAACUUACCUUCCCCAUCCCCGUUCCACUUCACCAUAUCCCUCCUGCCUCCUCCACCCCCCCCCCCCUCCCUUUCCACUUAACUAAGGCCCCACUUAAACAACUUAAAACAAAAAGAACUUAAAGAUUAUUCUAAAUUUAUAAGCAAUUUUCAAAUUUACAAUUGUGGCAAUAAGAAAAAGAAAACCACGCAACCUUUACAUAUGCUUAGUUAUAGUUAAAAAAUAAACUUAAUUUUAAUGUUUGUGUAGCCCACUCUAAUAUAUCCAUGCAAAUAUUAUAAGUAACAAA